AGAAGGCUUUGCUAGGUUUUGUUAGCAGCAGGCGCAGGUGUCGCUCUGUCCUACCAUUUCCGGUAUCAGACUGAACAACGACUUUGCCAAAUUGACGUUUAUUUCUGGAUCGUAUUGAUUGAAUAUGGCCUAAUAUAUUGGAAAUAAGAUUACGGCGCUUUAUUAUCAUAUUGGCGAGUUCCCCCUCGCCGUUUAUUCAGGCUGAAGCGCAGUCGAGCAGUUAAGACGAAGCCGAGUCGCGCACACAUUUUGAAAAACGUAACUGUCGAAUCAUGGCCACUCGGCGUCUGACAGAUGCCUUCUUGUUAAUGCGGAACAAUGCGAUCCAAAACCGGCAGAUAUUGGCUGAGCAACUAGGAUAGAGUAGAAUGACCGACUGUGUGUGUGUGUGUCGUCGGUGUAAUGAGGUCCGAUUCCUGUCUGUCACUGUCGUGUCGUUGCCACGCUAGCUCAGGGCUAACCCUUGCCUUCCCAAUCAAACGUACACUAUUGACUGUGAGCAAGAAGGAAAAGCUGACGUUUAGCCUAAAAACGGAUGUGAGCUUGAUGGUCCAAUUCGGAUGAAGCUCUGACGUUUUAGUCGGCUGUAGCGAAAUAUAUGCUGCCCCCGUUGCCGAUGACAUCCAUAGACGUCGCAGUUCAUUUCUGAAGGACUGGCUACGAACGCUCACGUUUCUUUGCCAUUCGGUCAAAAUGGAUUGCGCGUCUGACUGGCGCCGUCAUUGGCAUACAGUUUAUAUCCUCGCCGUUAGGCCGGCGUAAAAAGUCUGCUUUUUAAAAUCACCUUUGUUUGCUAAACGAAUUGCUGAGCUGUGAUUGGCCUCCGUUGAUGCCAAUUCAGAUCCGAUUGCUUCUAUACAUAAUAAAACGUCUUGCCCAAAACACGACCUAAUAUUUGUCAGCUCCAAGAUAUAUUGGCAACUGUAUUGGUGAGCUUGAAAGUGUAGGAGACCACAGAAAGGCUCUUCACCUUCAUUAUUCAUGUAUUUCUGCCCUGUGUGUGUGUGUGUGCGUGCGUGCGCGCAAACAAAGUGUUGAAAGUGUCGCGCGUGUGGGAGGGAAAAGGACAAAGUUGUAAACCGCUCUUCAUUUUCUAUCAAGGUUUUUAUUGGUGGUCAUUGCUGUAAUUUCUAGGGCUCUUUUCUGAUCCGCUUCUGUCUGUCCUCUUCUCCCAUUCCUCCUUAUCCGCUAUCGGACGGAACCGCAAUGCUUUCUGCCCAUCGCUCUAGGAACUGGAUGAGUUCGCCGACGAUCGGAUGGCGUUGGUGUCGGGAAUCGGCACGGAUCCCGAAGCGGCCGUCGGCGUCGCCAAGAAGCUGUCCCCCAAAUGGGUGGAGGGCAUCGACGAGAUUCAGUACGAAAUCUCCCGGGUUCGCCAGAAGAUGAAGGACCUGGCUUUACUCCACGACAAGCACAUGAAUCGACCCACGCUGGACGACAGUAGCGAAGAAGAGCACGCCAUAGAAAUCACCACGCAGGAGAUCACGCAGAUGUUCCACCGAUGUCAGCGCGCCGUAACGGGCCUGCGCUCCCGCUGCGGUCACCGCACGGAGCAGGAGGAGAGACUUCUGAGAAACGUCGUCUCGUCCCUGGCGCAGAGUCUGCAGGAACUGUCCGUCAAUUUCAGGCACACCCAGUCCGGCUACUUAAAACGUAUGAAGAAUCGCGAGGAGCGAUCCAAGCACUUUUUUGACUCGGGACCGUUAAUGGAAGAGGAGCAAGAUCUAGCUUUGUACGACAAGGGCUUCACAGAUGACCAGUUGAUGAUGGUGGAGCAGAACACCGUCAUGGUGGAAGAGCGAGAGCGAGAGAUCCGACAAAUCGUCCAGUCCAUCUCGGAUCUGAACGAGAUCUUCCGGGACUUGGCCGGAAUGGUGGUGGAGCAGGGCACGGUUCUGGAUAGAAUCGACUUUCACGUGGAGCAAGCGUGCGUCAAGACAGAAGAUGGCUUGAAACAAUUGCAAAAGGCGGAGCGGUACCAGAAGAAAAACAGGAAGAUGCUGGUCAUUUUAAUCCUUUUUGUCAUCAUCGUCAUUCUAAUUAUUGUUCUUUUUUCCACCAAGUUUUAAGCGUACAUUCCUUGUUGCUCUCUGUGCGAGUGUUUGUCGCGGGCAGACCCGCCCGGCCGGGCUCCAAAGCCAGCGUGAAAUUCCAGCCGGCUCUGUGCUUGGGGGGUCUGGUUUUGAAUCAGAAGAAACAAUCCACAGUCUUUCUCAAAAAGAAAUACUUAUUGUUGUAGCAGGGCUUCAUUUCAAUGUGAAAAUUACCAACGUUGGUAUCAGUAGCACUUGGCUACCAGAUAACUGCUGCAGUUUGCGGAUUGUUGACAUGGCCUUAAUCACUCCUUGCGACCGGUUCCCCGACCCGACCCGACCCGACCCGACCCGUCAUUUUGAAGUUGGUUAUUUUAAACGUGAUUGUUGUUUUCCAGGUCCCUGCUACUUUUUGGGGGGGACUGCAGUUUGCACAUAUUGAGGCCUCAGCAAGAGGAAGGUGUUAUUGAUGGAAUACUACUGUCGUGUAUUAGAUGAAAAGAUUUAUUUAUUUUGAAAAAGAGGAGCUUAAUUACUGUGUAUGAAGUCAAAGCAGUAGCUUCAAUCUUUCAUAUUCACGGCACUUGGGAAAACUGUGAUCCCUCCCAGAUGACCGGCGACAUAGAGACGGCAUGAAAUACAGUACAUUUUUUUAUGCUGGUAUUAUUUUCUUUUUGCUCUGCUGAUCUAGGAAGACUGAUAUGAGCAUUUUUGAAUAAAUAUGGGCUCCACUGUCAGGACAGCGUUGCUCAGUCUGACCGUUGCCACAAGUGUCCUUGAGCAACACUCACCGGGACUGUCGCUUUUCACGUCGUCUACGAUGCCGAGAGGGGGUCGGCUUGCUUUUUCACCCCCGUGCGUGGCCCCCAAAGUACACGGGGGGGGAGGCCGGCCAUUUUUCUUUGACGCUAAAAUGGAGCGGGGGGUACAAAUUGUCUCGCGCGACCACGUUUUCAGGUUACAGUAAUGGCUCUUAUGUAGAAAUUGGGAGAACGGCGUAUGACCUUUCUCGUAACCGCGGAAGUUGCAAGAAUGCGUCUCAGUUCUUUUCUACAUUGUUCAACCAUUUCUGUCAUUGUGUGAAAAAUGUCCAAUUGGUGU